CUUUUUUUGUUUUUGGUUCUGCGGUAUACAGAAAAUAUUGGCUUUUUUACUGUUGUGAGUCUACGCAACAGUGAAGUACGCAUUCAUAAGCUGUUGUAGGCCGCCUAGAGGUGCACUCUAAGAGGUAUAGGUGCAGGUGGUCGUGACACAAUGCAAUCACUAAAAUUCAGCAUAUUUAUGGCUGUUAUUGCGGUUGGAAUAACAGUUGUUUUUGUUAAACCAGCAUCAAGUCAAGAGCAUGCUCAUGUCAAUAGUCCACCCAUAUUAAUUGUGCCAGAUCGCAAUUGGCGAAUAUCGGAAACGGAACCAGUUGGCCAAAUAAUUUCACGAAUUCGUGCAGAUGAUUCAGAAAAUGACGAGUUAAUAUUUGGAUUGGAACCAGCAUAUAAAGGAACAGUUAAUCCAUUUCGCAUUGAUCCAAUCGGCGGCGUUGUUUAUCUAAAUGAAAGUCUUAUCGGACGGGGUGGGGAAAACUUCUUCCUCUAUAUCACUGUUACGGAUGGACAAUUGACCGCAAAGAAUGAAGUAUUUGUUAAUAUUUUAUCAGCAAAAGAUAACCGAGGUCGUGGACCGAGACCACCGCCUCCAUCCAUAUCAAAUGUUGUACAGAAUAUUUCACACUUUUUACCAUCCUUUGAUCGUUUGCCAGGAGUACAGUCCAUCCGUAAUCAGCAGCCAAACAGAAGACCAUCUAAUAUUCUGCCACCAGGUUUUAAUAAUAUUUAUCCACCACCUGUGCUGAACUUCAACCCAAAUCAACAGCUGCCAAUGUGGCCAACAAAUAAUGUAGAUGAGAAUAGCGAUGAACAGGAUAAUGAUUAUAGCAUUGAAAUGACAACCGUGAAAACGGCAAACACAACGUCGGAGACCUCAAGUCGCACAAUAUUAACACCCAUCAGCCAUCAUGGCACAACGUCAUCAGAAUCCAAGAAUGUAAGCAAGAUUGAGUCAACAGCUACAACAAAUUCAUCAUCAAUCAAUGGUGGAAAACAGGAGAAGGAGGACACGAGCUUUACAUCGCAUUCAACAAAUUCUACCACAAUAUUUUAUGGUUUCAGAUCACAAAUGAUUCCUCUUGUUUUGACUGCUUGUGGGCUCUUUGUGGCAGCUGCUUUCAUCAUUGGAUUUUUGUAUCGCAAACGUUUGUGUGCUUUUGGUAAAACAUUGAAGAAAAAAUCUAAAGAAGAAAUGGCCAAAAAGUCGAAUCAAAGCAAUUUAAGCAGUAGCAAUUUGACAGAUGACAGUCGCAAUUCAAUGGUUCUGCAACACUGGAACGGUCCGAUGGCUUAUGGCAAUCGUUAUGUUCCAUGGGAAAGAGAUCAACAGCCACAACAACAACUUCAUAUACAACAGCAACAACAGAUAAUGCAACAGUCAAUCGUAAGUACUUAUUCAAAUAAAUUGAACAGUAAAAAAAUAAAUUAU